AUGAUGGGUUCCAUACAAGGCUAUCCCGGGUUGGUGUCGCUUGUAUUCAGCGCUGUGAUUGGCUCCGCCGGGGUAAAUUCGGCUCUUGAGUCCACCUUCAACUUGACAACUGACGAGUUCGACAUAACGGGCUUGUCCAGCAACUCAACGUUGUUUAACAGUUCGUUUGAGGACUGUGGUAUCGACACGGUAUCCAACGCCAGUACAAGAACAGCAGAAAACAUCACGUCAAACGUCUCCAAAUCUUUGCAGAACGAUCCAUCGUCGUAUUCAGGUCCCAUGGUGCCCGUGUAUGCUACACUAUGUCUUGGUUUCUGGUCCGUUGUGGCUAACAGUCUCCCGCUUGCAACCAUCAUCAAGUUCGAACAUCUCCACACCCCAGCCUAUAUUUUCAUGGCCAAUCUGGCGGCCAGUGACGUUUUGACCGGAGUGGACUUCAUUUUUGCGGGUAGUUGGGUUUUGUACUACGUCUACACCGAGACUGAUCCGUCCUUUGCCGUGUCGCGACUCCGGUUCACCUUGGUCCUGUUCUCGGGGUUGUCCUCUGCCUACAGCCUCCUGGCGCUAACGGCUGAGCGCUACUGGUUCAUCGUCCACGGGAUGACCUACGUCAACAACGUCACCAACCACAAGUGUAAGGUCGUGGUGGUGCUCGUCUGGCUGUGGUCUGUGUUACUGGCGAUGCUGCCCAACUUCGGGUGGCAGUGCGAGAGUCGUACGGAGGAAGGAUGCCUGCCGAUGGGGGGAGGACUGCCGCUCAGCUACGUGGUGCUCAUCGUAGCGUUCGUCUUCAUCCCGAUGGCGGCAAUCGUCUGUUUCAACUUGAGCAUCUUCUGGUGCCUCUGGACACACGUGAACGCCAUCGCUGCCCAAGAAGUCGCCGUGGGAGCCCCACCGAGCGUCAGUAGAAAAUCCGCGGUCACCAUCGUCAUCAUCACCGUUGUAUUCCUUGUGGGAUGGUUGCCGUUUUCUGUCAAGAUGGCCAUGUUCACUCAAGACAGCGUUUCUCUCUCAAAGAUGUUCGUCUCCAUCAUCUUGAACUCCGCCGUCAACCCCGUCAUCUAUGGGUUCCGUCUACAGGAGGUCCGUCGCGGCGUUGUACGGCUCUUCCGCAGCAACCACGUAAACGCUGAACUCGAUCCGUAAAUAGGACUAAUUCCAGUUAUG